GAUGAGCGCGAUUUGGAAAACGGUGUUAGAGCUUUUUACUGGGGUAGAUGGAUGUCAAGAUGGAUUGGAGUAUGGCCGCUGGCACCAAAUUUUUACUUGUUUAACGUAACAUUCGCCUACUUCACUGCCGUCAUGCUACUGGAGUACGUAGAUCUCUUCUUCUGCUUACCCAACUUCGAGAAAGUCCUGGAUAACCUGACAGAAAAUUUGUCAUUUACAAUAAUCUACGUCCGCACAUUGAUGUUACGCGUACAUAACCAUAAACUAGGCUCAGCGAUCAGAGAAUGCUUGAAGGACUCGAAAGUCAGUGCCUUCAGAAAUUCGAAAGAGAUAGACAUGUUUGUGCAGUAUACCAAAGAAGGAAAAUUUUUCGCCAAGUUCGUCAUUGCUUUUGCAGCAAUGACUGAAACUUCGUGGUAUUUGAGGCCCAUAACCUCGCACACGGCCAUAAAAGUCAUACCUAACAAUGAAACGGAGAACAACAUGACGCUGAAGUUCAAUUUGCCAUUUCAUUUUUACGUUUUUUACGAGAUUAAUUCCGUGAAGACUUACUUCCUGACGUAUCUCUCACACGGUCCUUUUGUUCCUAUAAAUGGCUUCGGGACUGCUAGCGCAAAUUGUUUCCUCAUUGCGCUUUCCUUCCAUAUCAGCGGUCGGAUGGCUGUUUUAGCUGAAAGAAUAAAAGGAUUGAGAGAUAAUCCUGCAACUUAUAAAAAGGAAUUGAAGUUAAUUAUUGAUGAACAUAUAAGACUAUUGAAAAUGGGAGAAGAUGUAAAAGUUUCUUAUGCAGUUAACUUGUUGGUAUAUUUACUGAACGGAACAAUUCUUCUCUGUAUUAUUGGAUACCAAAUACUUUUGACUCUUACCAUAGGACCAAAAACCAACAUAAUGCCUCUAAUUGUUUACAUAAUGACCAUGUACAUGGUGAUAGCAAUUUUUUGCAUCCUCAGUGAAAAUUUGAUUGCUGAAUCUCAAAAAGUGUCCGAAGCGUUUUGGAUAUGCGGUUGGUACGACAUGCCUCCAGAUUGCAAAAGUGACAUUUAUUACUGCAUCGCAAGGGCCCAAAAACCAUUGGGACUCACUGCAGGGAAGUUUUUGACUUUUGGGUACGGAACAAUCACCGAUGUUACGCGAACUGCUGUUGGUUAUCUUUCGGUUCUGAGAAACUUUUUGCUGUUGGAAGAC